AUGGAAUCGCCUCCUCAUUCCCCUCAAACCUCCCCUCUCCAAGUCUCGCCCUUGGCAAUACGGCCUCCUAACCCUGAUUCCCCUCCACAAGAAACCCCUCCACCACCUCCCACAGCCACUUAUAAGAGAAAAAUUAGGUCGAAAUCCACCCGACCCAUGGCUUCUGCACCUCCUCUCACAAAACGUAAAGAACCACCCACCACUCCACUAUCAGAGCCUCCACCCAAAAACCCCAAAACUUCAACCUCCACACGACAUGAGACUGGCGUUUCUACCUCUACCCCGCAGGCCAAAUCACCCUCUUCCAGUAAAAAGCAAAUGUCAGCAGCAUCACAAGUAUCAAAACUACCUUGGCCCCUUCCUGAUGCAGCUCACAAGGCAGCCUUUAAGAGACUUAAGGAAAGGAGGGUGCAACCCACUAGUUUGCCACCUUCUGACACUGCACAACCAGCAGCAGACACAGAAACCACUGCACAACCAGAGGCACAUUCUGUCCCACCAGUCCAACAGCAUUCUACUGAACCUACACCACCCACUCAGUCUGCACAGGACAUCCCAGCAGAUUCUGCACAGCCUACACCUUCUGCAGCUGGACCCUCUUCAUCCACAGUCCUAAACCCAGAAGAUCAACACAAGUACAAUGGUGGCAAGGAAGAAGGUUGUUUGGUAACGAGCUUUGAAUAUGGAUUCAAUAGCCAAUGCUAUUCCAUAGAAAAACAGGGCAACCACAAACAUUAA